AUGUGGAUAUUAAAAUUAAUAAUUUUCGUACUAACUGCAAUUUAUAAAGGUCAUUCAGCAAAAAUACUUGGUGUGUUUCCGAUACCAUCAAUAAGCCAUCAAGUAGUGUUUCGGCCUGUUAUGAUUGAACUGGCUAGAAGAGGACAUGAAGUGACUGUUAUAACACCAGAUCCAGCAUUUGCUAAAGGUCAAACGCCACCAAAUUUCACAGAAAUAGAUGUCCACGAUAUAUCUUAUAAACAAUGGCAUAAUUUUUUUGAGGAACAUGGAAACGUAAGUGAUCAGAUCAAAUUAAUGACAUUAGUACCAGAUUUGAUAAUGGAAGUUUUCGAAGAACAAUUGAAGUCUUUUGAAGUUAAGAAACUAAUAAAUGAUAAAAAUAGAAAAUUUGAUUUACUUUUUGUAGAAUCUUCGGCAAGGCCAGCAAUAAUAUUUUCUCAUUUAUAUAAAAUACCAGUAAUUUCAUUUAGUUCCUUGAGUGGUAUAUUUCACAUGUAUAAAAUGGCGGGUGCAGCUUCUCAUGCUCUCCUUUACCCAAAUGCAUUACGUAAGAGAUUGUUCAAUUUGACUUUAUGGGAGAAAAUAUCUGAGUUACGUAUUCAUUUCACAUUAGAAAAUAUGUUUUUAAGUCACGAGUCAAAAGAAAAAGAUAUGCUCAAGAGAUAUUUUGGACCUCACAUACCAAGUUUUUCUGAGUUAGAAAAAAAUAUACAUAUGUUGUUUCUAAAUGUACAUCCUAUAUGGGACAGCAAUCGACCAGUUCCGCCAAAUGUGAUAUAUUUGGGAGGUUUACAUCAGAAACCGGAAAAAAGCCUGCCACAGGAUCUAAAAUCUUAUCUAGAUUCUUCGAAACAUGGUGUCAUAUACAUAAGCUUUGGAACAAACGUAAAACCAUCGUUAUUUCCACAAGAAAAAUUGAAGGUGUUCACUAAUGUAUUUUCAAACCUGAAAUAUGAUAUAUUAUUUAAAUGGGAAAAAGAAGAACUUCCAGGACGUAGUCCUAAUGUCAAGAUUUCGAAAUGGUUACCUCAAUCUGACUUAUUACGACAUCCAAAUGUGAAAUUGUUUAUAACCCAAGGAGGUCUACAGUCAACAGAUGAAGCCCUAACUGCUGCUGUUCCACUUCUUGCUAUACCCAUGCUUGGAGAUCAAUGGUUUAAUGCUGAGCAGUAUGUUAAGUUUAAAAUAGGAAAAAAGUUGUUAAUGGAAACUGUAACAGAAGAAGCAUUGUUUAAUGCUAUAGAAGAUAUACUAAGUGAUAAUAGUUAUCGUGACAAUAUUAUUAAGCUUAGAAACAUAAUGCAUGAUCAAAACCAGUCGCCUUUAGAGCGCGCCGUGUGGUGGACAGAGUACGUUCUAAGACACGGCGGCGCUUUGCAUCUACAGGCACCCGCUGCUCAUAUGGACUGGAUCGAAUACAUGGAAAUAAAAUUAGUAAUACUUUUAUGGGGAACGCUACUAUUGACUACAGUGUUUAUAUUAUAUCUAUUAUGUUAUAUUAUAUCGAAAUUUAAUAAUAGUUAUUUAAAAGUUAAGGACAAGAAAAAU